ACCCUAUUAUGUAGCAUGAAUAAAAUAGAUUAAGAUAUAUGAGAAUAACAAAAAUUACAACCUUUUUGAACAUUAAUUUAGCAUAUUGCAACUAUCUAGAAUCAAUAAAACAUUAAAAACUGCAUGUAUUAUCAGACUUAUUUUAUAUGUGAGCAGAGCAAGUAAACUUUUCCGCAGCCAAACACCACAGCUCAAGGCCGCAAGUCUCUCAAGUGAACUUCAACAGUCAAACACCACACCUCAAGUGAAGUGAACAAUUCAAAUUCCCGCUGAUUCGAAGUUUCCACUCGUUAGGGAAAAAGUUCUUCUUCAAGAUGAGAUCAUAUGGCAAAGAGAAGAAGUUAGGGUUUCCUUACGUUUUCUUGGCGUGUUGCUUCUUCUUGGCCAUCUUCGGUUUCUGUUUCUUCAAUCUUCUCUCUCAGGGAAGUUUCAGUGAGAUUUCGACGCGAAGAUCUGUAAACGAAGAAACUGAAUCUUUGGAUCAUGGUUCUGUCUCUAACAUUCCUUUUCAGGUUUUAAGCUGGAAUCCUCGAGUUUUUUACUUGCCGAAUUUCGCAACGAAACAACAAUGUGAAGCCGUUAUCGAUAUGGCAAAGCCUAAGCUUAAGCCUUCUCUGCUUGCUUUAAGGAAAGGCGAAACUGCAGAAACCACUCAAAACGUUAGAACAAGUACCGGAGUGUUCAUCGGUGCUGAUGAAGACGAAUCCGGGAUUUUAGCUGCCAUCGAAGAGAAAAUAGCUUUAGCCACGAGAAUCCCUAUAGAUUAUUACGAAUCAUUCAACAUCUUGAGGUAUCAGCUUGGCCAGAAAUAUGAUUCACAUUACGAUGCUUUCCACCCAGCAGAGUAUGGUCCCCAGAUAAGCCAAAGGGUUGUGACUUUCAUAUUGUUCUUAUCGAGUGUCGAAGAAGGUGGAGAGACGAUGUUCCCAUUCGAGAAUGGGAGAAAUAUGAAUGGAAGAUAUGAUUAUGAGACGUGUAUUGGUCUGAGAGUAAAACCGCGACAAGGAGACGCCAUUUUCUUCUACAAUUUGCUCCCAAACAGAACAAUCGAUCAGAGAUCUCUCCAUGGAAGCUGUCCUGUUAUCAAGGGUGAGAAAUGGGUUGCCACCAAAUGGAUAAGAGACCAAACAUAUGAUUGAGAUUUUGCAGAUUGACUUGUAAAAUGUGAAAAUUUCAUUUUCAUUCAUAUUUACUUUUAAAACAAUAAUACCUAAAAGGUCCAAAGAAGUUGAACUAAACAAAGAAAACGAUAAUGCAAAAAAAAA